GUUUUGAUUUGGCCUCGCGGCAUUUCUUUGUUUUUUGUGUUAUUUUUGAGGAUUCCCUAAGAUGCUGCCCAACGCCAACGACAAGAAGGAUCGCUACGCCAAGUUGUCCUUCCUUGGCGAGGGUCAGUUUGCCAUUGUUUAUAAGGCCCGGGACACGGUGACGAGUCAAAUUGUGGCCGUGAAGAAGAUCAAGAAGGGUUCCCGCGAAGAUGCACGCGAUGGGAUCAACAGGACGGCUCUGCGGGAGAUCAAGAUCCUGCAGGAGCUGCAGCACGAGAAUAUCAUCGGUUUGGUGGAUGUCUUCGGGCAGCUGUCGAAUGUCUCGCUCGUUUUCGAUUUCAUGGACACCGACCUGGAGGUGAUCAUCAAGGAUACCAAGAUUAUCCUGACUCAGGCGAACAUAAAGGCCUAUGCCAUAAUGACUUUAAAGGGCCUGGAGUACCUGCAUCUGAAUUGGAUACUCCAUCGCGAUCUGAAGCCCAAUAAUUUGCUGGUCAACAGCGAUGGAGUGCUGAAGAUCGGUGAUUUCGGUCUGGCCAAAUCGUUUGGCUCGCCGAAUCGCAUUUACACUCACCACGUGGUCACACGGUGGUAUCGUUCGCCGGAAUUGCUCUUUGGAGCCCGACAGUAUGGCACUGGAGUGGAUAUGUGGGCGGUGGGCUGCAUCCUGGCGGAGUUGAUGUUGCGGGUGCCCUUCAUGCCGGGCGAUUCGGAUCUGGAUCAGUUGACCAGGAUCUUUGCCACACUGGGAACACCGUCGGAUGCGGAAUGGCCGCAUUUGGGCAAGCUGCACGAUUACCUGCAGUUCAGGAACUUUCCGGGCACUCCACUGGAGAACAUCUUCACCGCCGCUGGCAAUGAUUUGAUCCACCUGAUGCGCCGCCUGUUCGCCAUGAAUCCCCUGAGGCGCGUGUCCUGCCGGGAGGCCCUGAGCAUGCCGUACUUUGGCAAUAAGCCCGCACCCACGGUGGGCCCCAAACUGCCCAUGCCCUCGGCCAUUUUGGCCGCCAAGGAGGGCGCCAAUCCGCAGGCCGGCGAGGAGAAGCCGGCGCUCAAGCGAAAGCUGGUGGAGACCACGGUGAGGGGCAAUGGAUUGGCCCAGAAGAAGCGACUGCAGUUCUAGCUUAGCAUAAGGUAUCAAUAAUUUGUAAGAGCGUCAAGGAAUGCAUUGCAGUCCGGGAACAAAUUAAUCGCCACAAAUGGUAUCUUGCAUAUUUAAUAUUUCUAAUUGAUUUUCAUUGUUGAAUGAAGAGUUUGUAAUACAAAUUUGUUCACAUCAAAUUGCUGCUUUCAUAUGUAAAUUCCUAGCGGAAAUUAAUUGAAGAAGGCACUACGUUCAUUGUUCAAAAAAUGUAUUGCAACCUUCGAAGAAAUGAGUUAUAAAACUUUCCCUAAUUUAA